GCGAGAGCUCUGAGUUCCGGUAUAAGAGAAAGAGACGUGGCGAAAUUGCUGUAUAUCUGUGCCCUAUAAGCACAUUUUUCCUUUACACUGAAGGGAAGCAAGACAUCGAAAAGGCUGCGCAAACCAUGCAGGAUGAUUUACUGAUGGACAAAAGCAAAGUCCAGCCUCAGCGGCAGCAGCAAGAUCCAAACGCAGCAGAAGCUCUUUCUACACCCAUAACGUCAGAGACACCCAAACCGGAGGACAGUCCAGUGACUAGCAUCGGCUCAGCAGCUCCUGCCCAAAAUAGCAAAGAAAAGAUGCAAAUGGAGUCUCCCAUCUUGCCGGGCUUAAGUUUCCACCAGCCGCAGCAGGAGCCUACAGCCGGCACCUCCUUGUCUCCCUCCUUCGGAAGCACUUGGUCUACAGGGACCACAAACGCAGUGGAUGAUAGCUUUUUUCAAGGGAUUACCCCAGUUAAUGGGACAAUGCUUUUCCAAAAUUUCCCUCAUCAUGUCAAUCCUGUUUUUGGAGGCACUUUCUCCCCCCAGAUUGGCCUAGCUCAGACUCAGCACCACCAACAGCAGCAGCAGCAGCAGCAGCAGCAGCAGCAACAACAAGCACAGCAGCAGCAAAGGAGGUCGCCGGUCAGCCCUAAUCAGGCAUCUUUUGCUCAGAGAAAUGCUGCUUACAGCCAUCAGCCCAUCAUGACCAGCAAACCUUCUUCCUCUUCCACCUCCACCUCUUCUCCUUCCAGCUGGAAUAACCAUCAAAAUGCAGCUUGGAGUACACCUUCCAAUCCUUGGGGUGGGCUGCAAGCUGGCAGAGACCCUCGAAGGGCAGUUGGUGUGGGAGUUGGUGUGGGAGUUGGAGUUGGAGUGCCAUCCCCGCUCAAUCCCAUUUCACCUCUUAAAAAGCCCUUUUCUACCAAUGUUAUUGCCCCACCGAAAUUUCCCCGGGCUGCUCCUCUAGCUCCAAAAUCCUGGAUGGAAGACAACGCCUUCAGGACAGACAAUGGCAAUAAUCUGUUGCCUUUUCAGGUAAAGUCCUUUCUUGAACUUAUGCCGGCAUUAGGUAGCAGUCUUUCUUGA